UUGGUGGUGGUGGGGUACGUGAUGACGUCACACGCCGCGUUGGCUCGCAGGAAAGUGGUGAAAAGUUUUCGGACCCCCUCCCCUGAAUGUUUUUGUUGGGGGAAAAGUUGUUGGUAGUUAGGUCGUGUGAAUGUAGCGUGUCCGUCCGUCUUUUCCGCCCCUUCCUUCGGUGAAACGGGGGGAAUGAAAUGCGAGUUUUUCUUUUUUUAACUUUUUUUUGUGAAACUUUUUCCUCGGGACAUAAAGAAACAGUCGGGGACAGCGAGCUUUCCUCGGAGCCUCACGCCGCUUUCCGCGUCCUCUGGCUCGGACUGAAAAAUCUCAGAGUGGCCAUCAUCGUUUCACCUCUGCCGCUAGCCUAGCUGGAGCUAACACUACAAAGUUAACGCUACCUCGCCUCUGUGACUGUGUGUGUGUGAGCUAAAGCAACCGGAGACAUGGCGGAAACCAAAAUAAUUUAUCACAUCGACGAAGAGGAGACGCCGUAUUUGGUGAAGAUACCUAUUGCUGCCGAAAAUAUCACUUUGCUGGAUUUUAAACAGGUCCUGAACAAGCCAAACUACAAGUUCUUCUUCAAGUCUAUGGACCAGGACUUCGGGGUGGUGAAAGAAGAGAUUUCCGACGACAGUGCCAAGUUGCCGUGUUUCAACGGGAGAGUGGUGUCAUGGUUGGUAUCUUCAGACGCUCCAGCAGCAGAGCCUCCGGUUGCAGUCGUCCCCCCUGUGGAAACGCCGACCCAGCCUUCGCCUCCUCCUCCGCCCCUCCCACCCCCACCUGCAGAGAGGACAGGGGGCAUCGGGGACUCCAGACCGCCCUCCUUCCAUCCCAAUGCUACAGGCAGCGUGGAGACCUUGGACGACCAGACUGAAACCGAGUCUGUAGUUUCUUUCAGGAGAGAGAGACCUCGGCACAGAGAGAGCAUGGAGCAGCACGGGCCUCGUAUGAACGGCCAGAGUCGACUGGAGCGCCACCUGGCAGGAUAUGAGAGCUCCAGCACAGUUAUGAGCAGCGAGCUGGAAACCACCAGCUUCUGCGACUCUGAGGACGACGACACCAUGAGCAGGUUCAGCAGUGCGACAGAGCAGAGCACGGCCUCUAGGCUUCUUAAACGCCACCGCCGACGCAGGAAACAGCGCCCCCCGCGCUUGGAGAGGGCCUCAUCCUUCAGCAGCGUGACAGACUCCACGAUGUCCUUGAACAUCAUCACCGUCACUCUCAACAUGGAGAAGUACAACUUCCUGGGCAUCAGUAUUGUCGGCCAGAGCAACGAAAGAGGGGACGGAGGCAUUUACAUCGGCUCCAUCAUGAAGGGAGGAGCCGUGGCUGCAGACGGACGCAUCGAACCCGGUGACAUGCUGCUGCAGGUGAACGACAUCAACUUUGAGAAUAUGAGUAACGACGACGCAGUGCGGGUACUGAGGGAAAUCGUACACAAGCCAGGGCCCAUCAUCCUCACAGUGGCUAAGUGCUGGGACCCUUCUCCUCAGGGCUACUUCACUCUGCCUCGCAAUGAACCGAUCCGACCCAUUGACCCGGCAGCAUGGGUGAGCCACUCUGUGGCUAUGACAGGGGCCUACCCUCCCUUCCCAGGCAGCUCCUCCCUCAGCACCAUCACCUCCUCCUCCUCCGUCACCGAGACCGAACGUUUUGACGACUUCAACUUAUCACUGCACUCUGACAUGGCAUCGGUUGCCAAAGCCAUGGCCUCACCGGAGUCGGGUCUGGAGGUCAGGGACCGCAUGUGGCUUAAAAUCACCAUCCCCAACGCUUUCCUCGGCUCAGACGUAGUGGAGUGGCUCUUCCACCACAUCGAGGGAUUCCAGGACCGCCGCGAAGCCAGAAAGUACGCCAGCAACCUGCUGAAGGCCGGCUUCAUCCGACACACCGUCAACAAGAUCACCUUCUCCGAACAGUGUUACUACGUCUUCGGAGAUUUAAGCGACUGCGAGAACUACAUGGCCAACCUGUCCCUGAACGACAAUGACGGCUCUAGCGGGGCCUCAGACCAGGACACCUUGGCUCCCCUGCCUCUCCCCGGGGCCUCCCCGUGGCCCAUGAUGCACACCUUCCCCUAUCAGCCCUACCCCACACAUGCCUUCUCCAGCCAGCCACCUCCGUACCACGAGCUCACCAGCUACAGCUACGCCCCCGGCAGCACCGGCAGUCAGCACAGCGAAGGGAGCCGGAGCAGCGGAUCGACGAGAAGCGAGGGCGAACGACGUCGCAGCACUAAAGGACCCGGCAGCACCGUGGGUGGAGGAGAGAAAUCCCCCUCCGGCGGCGUCGGAGAAGGCGGCGGGGCCGACUCACGCUCCGGCAGCGGCAGCGAAUCCGAAUACUCCACUCGAAGCAGCCUGAGGCGCGGCCACGGUUCAGCCGCCCCCAGCGAGCACAGCCACGCCUCCUCCCAACGCUCACAUCAUCACCGCAUUGCCCAACCGCCCCACAUGUCUCCCUACCCGCCGGGUAUCCUGCCUUACAACCCCAUGAUGGUGAUGAUGGUACCCCAGCACGCGCACCCGGCCAUGGCGGCCGCUCACGCUCUUCCUCACACGCAGCAGAUGCCCACAGGCCCCAUGCACCCGGCUCUACCCCCACCGCCCUCUUCCACUCCAGGGGGACCUCCUGGUGCUCCACCCACCCGCGACUUGGGCUCCGUACCCCCAGAGCUGACUGCGUCGCGGCAGUCAUUCCACCUGGCCAUGGGGAACCCCAGCGAGUUCUUUGUGGAUGUCAUGUAGUUUUUCUGUCUGGGUGUUGAGUGACCAUUCAUGUGAAGUUAGUGUACGGUUCCCACUUGUUUUGACGAGGAUCUGGUGGUAGCUUUUGGAGCUCACAAGGGGCCUAUCGAAUUCAGGGCUCUUGUUGCAAAUUUGGUGAUAACAGGGUUUAACAUUGACAAAAGAAUAAGACAAAUUAAAACACAGUUAAUGUGGAUAUGGUCUGACUGUAUGUCUGCAAAGUUUCUCUCAUCAGUUUUUCCUACUUUGUAGUCGGUAGUGAACUCUCAGUGCAGUACUUAAACCUAUCAGAGCUGCCCGGCACUCUGAUUUCUACAAUCCACAUAACGGAAAUGUCAGAUUUUAGGAAGGGAGGCACCUUCCCAAACCAGCUACUGUCAGAGCUGUCCAUCCAGGAAGCGCACAGACCACAGUUUAACACUAGAGGGUGCCAGGUACACUGUGUACUUGAAAGGAUACAAUCCUGUAUAAAUAUCUGGAUGAUCAUGCCAGAUUCGUUGGCAGCACAGGAGUAUAUCGAGUGCCUUACACUUUUUUUAUUUUUAUUUUUUUUAGAGACAUUUUCACACUCCAGGUACAUAAAAAAAAAAAACUCCUUGUUCCAGCAUUGUUUGACAAUGAACGUAUCUGUAUAUAUCUACUACUCCUUUUUAUGUAAAUGCAACAAUACAGAACAAGCAAGCUCUAAUGUGAAAAGAAAAUAGGUCCAAAAAAAUGUCAGGUGAACUUGUGUUUAGUAAUCACUGUCUAGGCCUAGUCGUCAGAAAAAAAACUCUUAUUGUGAGGAGUUCUCGGUGUGGGACUGUAGAGGCUUUAACGGUACUAAUAGGUGAAAAGACAAAAACGCUGAAAGCGGUACUUUCUGAUUACAUACAGUGUAUAUCUUUAAGUAACUGUGAUCCAAACGCCCAGCUCCCCAUGCUUAUUUUUAUGUUACUGACUUGCAUUAUUCACCCAUUUCAUUUUUUGUAUGAGUGACUAUAUUAAAAUCAUGUAUAACCGAACUAUUAAGGUGCUAAAUGAAGAUUCAACAUUUUCAAAAAGAAUGACAUUGACAGUGUCACAUUGUUUGAUUUCAUAUCGCCACCUUUUGUUUGUGUAUUUGAGAAUAAAUUUGAUACUUACAUAC